GGGUGUUGGCUUACUAUCAACUUAACGGUCAAGGCGACCUGUUUAGCAAAGAAAUGUACGUCGGACCUAACUUAUUUACCUCGGGUGGCACUGUGUGGCUUGGUCACUGGCACAUAACUCAGCACCACAUCACAGGUGUGCCGCUACAGCCAUUCUUUGGAAGCAUAGAUGAAGUUCGCAUCUGGAACUUUUUGCUCGAUACUGUACUUAUCCGUCAGAGUUUCUUCACUGUUUUCAAAGGGAACCUACCCACAUUGAGUGCUCUGUGGAAAUUUGACGAGGGUGCUGGCCGAGUGGUGAACAAUCUUGUAGCCGGUUCAUCAAGUAUCUAUCUUCCUCAAGUGAUCAGCAGACGGCCUGUGUGGCAGUUCUCCUACACUCGAGAUGUGCUUCCAAUAAUAGUUGUUAGUCCUACAGUCGUGUUUACUAAUGUUACUUUCGAAUUCUUGGCCAAAAAGCUCUGCUCUGAACUGAUUUACGACAUUCGAAUAAAGACUCUAUGUGGGCAGCUACUAGAGAAAGCCGUUCCUCAGUUUUACUAUCAAGCGUGUCUUGCUGAUGUCCAUUCCUCUGGUUCCUUAGACAGUGCUUAUGUCAUACUGUAUGCUUAUGCCGACUACUGCCAAUAUGUCCUUCAGCUUCCCUCAUCCCCUGCUCAACACUUAUGUCAGCAAAUUCCAAACAGCCUUCGCCAGGAGUGGAUAGGCGCCAAUUGUUCCUUUAAAUGCGUCUUUGGACAUCCCGACAUUCAAAACGCGAGCCUGUGUGUGUGCACACGAGGAUACUGGGGUAAGGACUGCGCCAAUGAAUGCCCAGGAGGUGGAAAUACCCCCUGCAACCAACGCGGAAGCUGUAACGUAAAGAACGGAACUUGUGAAUGUGUUUUUAAUUGGCAGGGAAAUGAUGACUGUAGUGAAUGUACCCCUGGUUGGACAGGAUCUGAUUGCUCUGUUGCCGUUGCACUGGCCCAGGUACCAACAUGCUCAGCCUUCUUUGGAGGACAUUAUACCAACUUUGACGGCUCUUACUUUAACUUUUUUGGUGUCGGCGAAUUCUGGUUGAUGAGAGGGCCGGGAUUUCAAGGACAGUUCAGACAAAUACCAUGUCAUAAUGGCAAAACGCGUUGUAUAAACGCGGUGGGGUUCUCUUUUAUUUCCGAAUGGAAACUGACGUUCCAUGCUCCUUACGAAGAAAGCGAGCGACCUGUUGUCUGGGUGAAUGGUAGUGUGACACAUUUUAGUUCAACAAGGCUCCACAUUUCCAGUGGAGUUUUCUUGAAACAGACGUCUUCAACGACUUAUCUCCUCUCCAACGAGAUUCAAGAUCUCACAUUUCAACUCCGUGUAAUUGGAAGAGAACUUUUAAUUGCAGGUCAUGUCAAUCAGUCGUUAUGUUAUAAAACGAAUGGAUUGUGUGGAAAUUGUGAUGGCAACAGAGAGAAUGACUUCAACGUGACAGAUGGUGCGUCUUUGGAGGACACAUGGAGAGUUUCCACUGACGAAAGCCUUUUCUUUUAUAACUACGGAACUUACAGCGAACAACGGCAGGUAACUGGUGGGGAAUACGCUUUAAAGUUCGAGCGAAUUGGUGUGUCUACCGAUCUUAUACCUGACGUACUAAAUUCUUCUGUUAUCACUACCGAACUGCUGUUUAAGGUGUUUGCAGAUUCAAAGCCUGGAGGCGUUCUCUUCACCUACAGCAAGACAGUGACAUUUACUAUGUUUAUUAACGUGACCAUAAGAUUGUGCAUUGGGCUGGAGAUCUGGGAUACUGGAAUAUCCGCGGAGGUAGACAAAUGGAACCAAGUAACCCUCGUUUACAAUAACAUCACCGGUGCCAUCUACUUCUACCAUAUCAAUUCCAUAGGUAAUAUUCGUCAAGCUACCCGUACAAUGACUGCCGGUGUAUUUAAGAGGGGAGGAAGCACUAUCUCUGUUGGUCAAUGGAUACCAGCUCUGGAAACCAACACAGGUGAACGCUUUCGUUUACCCGGUUAUCUUGGUUUGAUCGACGAAGUUCGCUUUUGGAACCGUGAAUUCAGCCGGCAUGAUGUCAAAACAAACUGGAGAGUGAACGUUAUUGCCACCGCUCGUCACCUUGCUAUUUUGUGGAAAUUCAAUGAAGGACAGAACAACAUCGUUCACGAUUUGGUGAACGGUGUCCACUUGUAUAUUCUAUCUGUACGCAGCGCUCCUCGUUGGAUCUUCAGUUACGUUAACAUAAAAAUUUUACCAGUUACCACUGAAAUCACCUUUCACACGAGUGAGUUAAGAGUCAAAGCCGAGAAAUGGUGCAAUCAUUACAUCGUGACCUCACCCUUGAGCUAUGCUUGCAGUGGACUUGGCGGUGGAACCAAUUCAUUUUAUGUCAGAGCGUGUUUAAGGGUAAUAGCUGCAAGAAAUCAGGUAUCGCUCGGAGUGAGUGUGGUGGUAGCGUUUGCAGAUACGUGCCAAAUGCAACUAAACAUCGCCAUCUGGCCGGCAAGAAGAAUGUGCAGGUAGCUGUUUGGUUAAUAACAAUAACUAGACUUACCCUUUCAGUUUCAGUUUAUUUUUUUGCCAGAAAAAAAGAUAUAUAUAUAUAUAUACGGACAUUCAAUAUAUUACAAAAAAUAAUAGUUAAAGUUAAAGACACUGUAAAGAGACGUAAAUUACAAGUCGAAGAAUUAGAAUUAUGAUCACAUGAACAGACUUCUUUAGACACGACCGUGAUCGAGUGCUAAUGCGAGAUGACCUUUGGGGUUGUCUGUUCAGUAAUUCCUUAAUCAAAGGUCACAUUUAUUACUGUCCUGUUUGAUCUAAGUCAAGGCAAAAAACCCUGUGAUUUGGAUCAUUCCAUUUAACCGUGACUUUGAGACCAUUUUCGAAUUUAACAAUGAGUAUUAACACUGUGAUUGUUUACUGGCAGAUAUGGGGGCUUCCAAGGGUCAAGACUUAUCAACUGGAUCGGUGUAAACUGUGAUAUUCCGUGUGUCUUUGGAUACCAGACUCGAGAAUUAUACGGUAGAUGUGAGUGCGACCAAGGAUUCUGGGGAUCGCAAUGUGACAAAAUUUGUCUUGGGGGACCUGUGAAUGUAUGCAGUGGACACGGACGUUGCUUAGCUCGAAGUGGAACAUGCCAAUGUGGAAGAAAAUGGCGAGGGGCAACAGACUGCAGCCAAUGUACCCCAGGCUAUUUCAGCAAAGAUUGUUCGGUGGCUAUUAGGCCACCUACAGAUGAGCUCCCGAUAACAUCGGUGUUUGGAACUGGCUAUUAUGUCACUUUAGACGGUGUUAAAAUCAAUGUGAAUGUGGCGGGUGAGUUUACCGUUCUGGCCUUGAAGCGUUAUGGACUCAGCAUUCAGUUUCGGCAAGUCAGAAUAGGCGGUUAUGUACGCUUAAGAUGCGUCGCUGUACGUGUUAGAGCAAAUGUAAUUGCAAUCCACAGCAAUAUCGGAAGAGUGGGAGAAGUCUUAAUAACAGUUAAUGGUUUUCCCGUCAACCACAAGACCACUAUUUCACUUGGGGUUUCAGCAUUUGUUUUUCAACGAGCAUCGCUAAAUAGAUAUACAAUUACUGGUCCAGGAGGUUUCCAAUUUGUUAUAAACUCCCUUGCGAUACACUUUGAUGUUUCCAUAACUAUGGACAGAUGGUUGUGUCAACAAGCUUGCGGUCUCCUCGGUAGAUGCAGGCUUCCUGGAUCCAGGGUAGUUCCAUCCAAUUGCUCUACCGGGGGAGGCAUUUUAGACACCUAUGAUAUCUCAACUGUAACACAAGAUAUACUCGUCUCUUAUGUGAAUAAAUGGGCUGUCCCAGCCAACGUGAGCUCUUUUGGACCCAUCCUAGAAAUCGCGGGUGAAUCACCUUCAGUAAGCGGAGGAGGGAGCUGUCUAUUUUUCAACGGAACAUCAAUCGUGUCGCCACCUCUGGUGAAUGUUUUUGUUGGCAAUUACAUCACCGUUCAGCUUUUUGUGAAGGCAAAGGACCCGAGAUUCUACACAGGCACCAUUAUUUCAUACGCUCAAUCCGAGACUUUUGCAGUAACAGUAAACGGAUCGAUAAGGAUUCACUUUGGCGCCAUUGUCAUUGAUACACAGCUAAUCCUCGAAAAUGAACUAUGGAAUCACAUAUCCUUGGUCUAUAGACGCAGGUCAGGUCUUGUUCAGUUCUACCUUAUUGAUUCUUUAGGCGUCAUCCAAUCCAGAGUAUUUUUUAUCGGCGUUGGUGUAUUCCCAGAAGGUGGUACUUUAUCAAUUGCUCUCUGGCAGAUCACCUCUGUAGUAUCCCUGUCUAUUCCUGGAUUUGUAGGGUGGGUGGACGAGUUAAGUUUCUGGAAUAAACGAUUCGACGCUGUUAUGAUUCAGGAGAUCUGGAACACCAACUUACAAGUAGAUACACCAGGACUAGCACUUCUGUGGAAGUUUAACGAAGGAAGUGGCUUGAUUGCGCGAGCGACAUUAGGAUCAUUUGACUUCAGGCUAGCUACCCCUCCUUUCCGAGGUCCUGUUUGGUACCCAUCAAAUGCAGUUAUAGAAGCCUCUGCUUACGUAAUACCGGAGCCUUCAAAAGACGUUAUGGACAAUUCAACCCAAGAGCUGUGUUCAGAUAUUUUUCUUAAAGGUCCUCUACCUGAAGAAUGUUCUAACGCGACGGGAGGAUCUGAUUUUUACUACGACGCUUGCAUUGCGGAAGUUACUUCAUCAGGAAGUCGUGACUCUGUUCUUGCUACAACAAUGGCCUUCGCUGUGGAGUGCCAAGCCGCCCUCAAUCUUUCAGUGCUGCCAGGUCAAAGGCUUUGUAAUGUGCUUCCUGGGGGACGUUAUGAUGACUGGGUUGGGAUAAACUGCACUAAAAAGUGCCUAUUUGGCAGGUAUUCAGAUGGAGCUUGCAAAUGUGACAGUGGUUACUGGGGAGCAAACUGUUCCAGUGUGUGCCCUGGGGGUGCGGAUAACCCUUGUUUCGGGAAUGGUCAGUGUAACAUGGAAACCGGUGUAUGCAAGUGUCAUCCCAACUGGCAAGGAGACCAAAACUGCUCUUCAUGCACACCCGGCUGGAAAGGUUUAUCGUGCUCUGUCGCUGUGACAACAACAGAACCAUCCGUUGCAAACGUAACCACCAAAAUCUGCACCAUAUCAGAAAGAGGCUACGUGACUGGAUUUGAUGGCUCACUUUUCACGUUUACGACACUGGGCGAAUUUGUCAUGAUAAACUCUACCAUCCUUCAAGCGCAUGUUCGGCAAGUACCAUGUGAGGUUAGCUCCGUAUGCAUCAGUGCUGUGGGUGUGAGGUUUAAUGGGUUGUCCAUCAGUGUUCACGCUCCAUACGACGUUAACUCCCAGCCAGUUGUAUAUGCAAAUGAUGAACAAAUCAGUGCUGGAGGAGAGCCUACUAAAGAAAUGUUAAUCAGCAAUGUCACUGUUCAGCCACUGUCUUCCACUUCCUACAGGAUUGUUAUUUCACACUAUUUGUCCAUACAAACAGUCUUUGCAGCUCGAUACCUUAGCGUAGAAUCCACAAUACCUUUGAGUUUCUGCCAAUAUGCCGAUGGACUUUGUGGCUCUUGCACUAAAGUACCGACCUUAAACGAAACUCAGGGAAAUGGAAGUUCUCUUUUCCCGACGAAACGACCAACAACUGUUUUGGAAGAGUUUGGACGAGCAAACGCAUCUCAUAACAACGUUGAUGGCUUUGUAAAAGAGAAACUGUCCGUUAAAGGCGUAGGUGGAUCUGUCAUCGUUAUUGAUAAACAAGUCCACAAGGAAACUCGAGUUAUAUACGGUGGUAUCUACAAUCUCUAUUACAGAUUCACGGCAGUAGUUACGCAAAAGGUAGUUCGUCUCUUUGUGAGCGACACGGUAUCCUUCCAGCUGCUUGUCAAAUCGUGCGAUCCACGGAUAUGCGGAGGAACUUUGCUUUCUUACACCUCGAAUGUGACCUUUUACAUUAGCAAUCAUAUUACUGUGAAAGUUGUCAUUGGACUAGAAGUCUUUAAUACAGGAAUUGCUACCGAGGAAGGUUUGUGGAAUCAGAUCACCAUUGUAUUUUACCGCUUAAAGCUGCAACUCUUUGUUUUUGUGACAUUUUCAUCAGGACUGGUACAAGUGCGAAAGUUUCAUUUGACAAUUGACCCUUUCAUUGGGGAAGGAACAUUUGCUGUCGGCAUGUGGCAACCUGCUUCUGUUUCCAUCAGCGUUCAACCAACCAACGUAUUUUACGGGCAAAUAGAUGAGUUAUGUGUAUGGAGCAGACCACUUGACUAUGCACUAGUUCAGCAAAGUUGGCGAUCAAAUAUUCAACCUAACGCCCUAUGUCUUACGAACUUGUGGAAGUUCAACGAGGGGGAAAGUGCCAUAGUCAAGGACCUUGUUUCUGGCGUAACGUUAUCCUUUCCCAAAUAUCCGUUAGAGACGCCACAAUGGGUAUUCUCUGACGCAGCCAUAGCCUCCGUGGUUGCAGUGAAUACGAAAAAGAACAAUUCAACUUUGCAGGAAAUCGCUACCGAGGUGUGUAUCGAACUGAUCUUCAAAGGACCUAUCCAUACUGCUUGUAGGCUACUAGGCAACGUUACCUUGGAAUUUUACUUCCGCGCCUGCGUAGAAGCGGUUGUAGACAGUGGUUCAACAGUUCAGUCAAUCAAUGUAGUGAUAACCAUCUCCAAUUACUGCGAGAAAACACUUGAUUUGUCUUACUGGCCAGCUCAACCAUUAUGCAACAAAUUUCCUGGCAAACGUUUUCCAAAUUGGAUAGGUGCAAACUGUACAAUUCCCUGCAUUUUUGGCCAAGCUUCAAAUGACACCCAAGUCUGUAAAUGCGACCCAGGCUUCUAUGGAGCAAACUGCUCGGGUAUUUGUCCAGGAGGAAAAGGACGCACGUGUAACAACCAUGGUAUCUGUGAUGCUGUAACAGGAAAAUGCUUCUGCGAGCUAAAUUGGAGAGGAAAUGAGAACUGUACGGCUUGCUCAAGGGGCUGGGCAGGAACAGAUUGUUCAACUGCUGUCACAAGAUGGCCCCAUGGAGGAGCUUUGUUUGGUGUUGGUGCAGUAUUACUCGGUGGGCAUUUUACAUCGCUCAGAGGGAUUAGCUUCACCUUGCACGUGACCGGUGAAUAUUACCUCAUAUACUCUAUACAUGUUUCCGCAGUUGUGCAAAUUCGACUUGUCUCCUGCUUUGAACGUGCAACCUGUAUCAAUUCCAUUGCGAUAAAAAUCUCUUCGCAUACAUUUGUUUUACAUGGACCGUACACGUCUGGAGGAGACGUGGUUGUCUGGUUAAACGGAAUAAUUAUUGAUACCGAUGUGCAUCCAAUAACUGUUCAGACAUACGGAUUUGAAGUGAAGAAAAUUGCAUCAUAUCUGUGGGAAGUAAAAUACACAGGGUUACACUUCAAAAUACAUAUCACCGGACGCUACUUGAGCCUGAGCACAAAACUAACGGGCUUGGUUUGCAAAAGCGCAAUCGGUCUACUUGGUUCCUGUAAUCAGGAUUUAUUAGAAUCCUUGAUGUCUUUUCAUCCAAAUAAAAACUGCUCCGAUGUGAGCCUUGCGUUUAAUAGAACAGAAAACCAGAAUGCAUCAAACAACGAAAACACAACUCAAGAUGUUAUAACAGCGCUUGUUGUUACAAAGCUCAAAGUGAAAGCAUGCCAAAGUUUAUUCCAGUACGAGUAUAAAGACUUGGUAGAAUAUCGCGAUGCGAACGCUGGCUACGCCCUGUAUUUUGACCAAACAGCGGUCGUUUCGGAAGUCAUCUACAAGGCCUUCUUAUCUACUGACAUAACCAUUCAAAUCAUGUUCAAAACAGUGCGUUACGGAGUUAUCUUUGCCUAUACAAGCAGCAAGACCUUCUUUGUAACUAACAAAGGAGGAAAGUUCACGAUUUACUACGGCGACAAAAACUAUCCUACAAACAUCGCUGCGGAACUAAAUAAAUGGAACCAGAUAAGUCUCGUGUUCAGAAAAUCCACUACUGUCUUACAGUUCUACUACUUUUCGCAUGGAGGUCAGCUGCAUCGCCUCGAUAUAUACACUGGAGUGGAUAUUUUUGCUCCCGGAGGAAUGAUCGCUUUGGCUGGUUGGAUGCCGUCUUUGGAUGGAUCUGGAAUUCAGCCUGCGGAAAGUUUUGUUGGGGUUUUCGAUGAAGUUCGCAUCUGGACGCGCUAUUUCCAUCCAGCGUUCAUUCUACAAACGUGGAAUCGAUCGGUGGACGUAGAAACGGAAGACAUCGCACAUGCAUGGAAGUUUGACCAAGGUGAGGGUAUUGUCGCUUUGGACAAGGUCACUGGGAUGAAGCUGGAGUUACCAAUCAAGCCUUGGAGGAAACCUAAGUGGAGAUAUUCAGAUGUGACAUUACAAAUGCCAUUUUACAAAAGUCCAACAUCUUUCUCUUUCAAGAACAAAACAUUUCAAGAGCAAGCUGAACAUUUUUGCAACAGAACGUUAUUAAUGGGAGUGCUCAAUACGAAAUGUAACAACUUGGGUCCGGGGGUGGCGAUCUUUUACUUCCGAUCCUGUCUCCGUCAUAUUUUAACAUACGAAUCCCUUUACAUGUCUUUGGAGGUGAUGAUAUCAUACGCCGACUACUGCCAGGCCAUCAACAAUCUAACAGUUUGGCCAGGAAAAACACUCUGCAAUGAAUAUCCAGGGAGGGAUUUCCCUAUCUGGUUCGGAAAAGCCUGCGAUCGAAAGUGCGUAUUUGGAACAAAAAAGGACUCUGAAACUUGCCUCUGUCACUACGGUUACUGGGGUCCUGAGUGCGACAGUCCAUGCCCUGGUGGAGCUGCGAGUCCGUGUGGUAACAACGGAGUGUGUGAUAGCAUCACAGGCAAGUGCAAUUGUCGUGCUAAUUAUAACGGGACAGUGGACUGUAGUAAGUGCUCUUUAGGAUGGACUGGGAUCGAUUGCUCCCUUGCCUUCGUAUCACUCAAGAAGCUACACUUCUCCAUCGCGAUAUGCUCCAUUGGUGGUCAUUACAUCACCUUUGACGGCUAUAGCUUUACCCUUGUGGCUGUUGGUGAGUACUACGUAAUAAAUGUGCCUCACAAGUCGUUUCAAGUUCACGUUCGUCAGGUACCGUGCAGAUUACAAUCGGUCUGUGUUAACGCCAUUGGAAUAAGGGUUUUAUCAACUGUGAUAUCAUUCCAUGCUCCGUAUAUAACAGGUGGUGGUCCAGUUAUACUGGUCAAUGGAAGAUUUAUACCCUUAUCAGGUCUAGUCUCCAAUCUCGGAAACCUUCAUCAUGGCAUUCUACUGAAGUAUGAAGGUCAUAGCCACUACCAAAUAUCUUGGAAAGACCACUUCGUCAUCCGGAUUCGUAUCACUGGACGCUACUUGAGUUUCAAGGUAGAGGUCAACCCUGAGUACUGUAAGAACUCGACGGGUCUACUUGGCUCUUGCGAUAGUGAUCCUAACAAUGACCUUAAAAUCAGUUCGAACACAAGUGUCAUCCCAGCCAACGCCUCUCAGUCACUCUUAAACGAUGGAGUUGGAAGCAGUGCUGCUGUACUUGAUAGGGACAGAAUCAUUGUUUUGAAGUACAAACAUUACCAAGAAACAAGACUACCAUCUGGAGGCAUCUACGCCAUUUUCGUCAACAGAACGGGAGUUUCAUCUAAGCCACUGACGAGAACAUUUAUAUCCCACGUCGAUAUAACGGUCGAAAUCCUCGUUAAGCCUUACCAAUUGGCUGGAACAAUUUUUUCUUACGCAGUUGUACAAACAUUUGCGAUAACAAUUGAAAAUUUCAUCAUAAUUCAUUUUGGAAAAACUGUCAUUGAUACUGGUGUAACGGCAACAAUCAAACAGUGGAGUCACAUAUCGCUUGUUUGGCACUAUAGGACAAACGCUCUGGAAUUCUAUCACUUUGACUUCAAUGGGGAAGUACAACGAAGGUCGUACACGUUAUCUUCCCACCCAUUCCUACCUGGUGGAGUCCUUUCACUUGGGCGGUGGAAAGUUUCGCCUGGUGACAGUGAAGCCUGCACUUUUACUUCGUUUGUUGGCGUCUUUGAUGAAUUUCGUGUGUGGAAACGUGCUUUUAAUCCAGCUCUCGUACAACAGAACUGGCGUAUGAAUGUCCUUCCAACACAUCCGGACGCCACAGGUCUUUGGAAGAUCAAUGAAGGUGAGGGUGACGUCAUCAAGAAUUUGGCUAGCAACGAACACUUAUAUUUGCCAAGGUCACCAUUGCAACAGCCUAAGUGGGUUUUCUCUGAUGCUGAGGUCAAAACCAAUUUUACAUCGAAGAGGAAACCAUUUGAGUCGCACUUUUCAAAUAAAACACUAGAGAAUACGGCCAAAUCUUUCUGCUUCGAGCUCUUUUACAGUAGCCAAAUUUCUGAUUUCUGUUACGCUGGCUUAAAAGCUGAACUUGAAUUUUAUUACCUUGUUUGUCUAAAAGAUAUAGCAACGACUGGAUAUCUGAAUACAGCCCUGACAGCUGUUGUAACCUUCUCUGACCAUUGUCAAGCUGUUCUUAAUCUUACCAGCUGGCCGGCAAAACCACUUUGUAAUAGGUUCCCUGGAAGUCAUUUCCCUUUGUGGAUUGGACAUAAGUGUGACGUAAAAUGCGUGUUUGGUACUGCGGAUCCUGACGAUCGUAACUUGUGCGUGUGCUCUAAAGGCUACUGGGGAAACGAUUGUUCUCAUCUAUGUCCCGGAGGACCACUGCAUACAUGUGGAGGACACGGCCGGUGCGACAGAACUACAGGAAAAUGCAAGUGCGAAGUGAAUUGGGCCGGUAAUUCUAACUGUAGUAGCUGUAGUCCAGGUUGGAGUGGAACCGACUGUCAAUUUGCCGUCAAACCAGUCAAAGGUGUAACUUUGAACACAGUUGUCGUUGCAUCAGUUGGAGGAUACGGCUACUUCUCAACGUUCUUCGGUGUUAGUUUUACCCACAGAGUAGCUGGCGAGUUCUACCUGUUGCGAUCACCUGCACACAACUUCUUCAUCCAGCAUCAACAAGCUCCAUGCGUCACUGGUGAUGCCUCUACCUCCCUUUGCACAACAGGAUUUGGAUUUGGUUUCGGUAGCAGCCAUGUUGUUAUUCGUGCUCCUGUCACAACACUUUCAAAAGCAGUUGUCGUAUUCCCGCUUGUCUGGUUGAACAACAGAGUAGUUCACAUUCACCACAGAACCCAACUAUCCGUGCACUUCAUUAUGGUCCGGCUGUCCAAUGCAACGUUUCAUAUCUACGGUCCACACGGAAUUAAAUUUUCAUUAACUGUUGGCCAUAGCCUUGCUGUAAUAAUUCGUAUGCCAGCUGCAUACUGUCAGAGUUCAACAGGUUUACUUGGAGUCUGCAAAAGCCAUACUCUUAAGGGAUCCAGCAAGCUUGAAACAUAUAUCACGGCUCUUAAAAUAAAUUCAGUAGUAGAUGCUUCCAGGUCAAUGUUCAUCUAUAGUUUCCUACACUACAUCGAACAUCGCGUGCCCACGCAUGCUGGAUUCAAUCUGUUCUUCGCAGACCAUUACGUUCGCUCUCAGCCCAUGUACUUCCCCAAUGUUGAUGUUUUAACGGUCGAACUGCUUGUUAUGGCGCCCAGACUAGGAGGAGUCAUCCUUUCGUACUCAAGCCAAAGACGUUUGGCUAUAGUUAACAAUGAGAAAUUAAUGAUCAUCUACAGUGGAUCAUUGUUUCACACAGGGCUGACCCUUGAGAUUGGCCAGUGGAAUCAGAUCUCCCUGGUUUAUAGGAAGAUGGUUGGAAUUCUUCAUUUCUAUUUGUUUAGCUCUUCUGGGGAAGUCAAAGUCCGCGUAUUCAAACUUGAUAACCACGUUUUCACAAAUGGUGGCGUCUUAGCGCUUCGACAAUGGCAGCUGUCGCCUGGUUCCGAUAAUUCGCUUCCUGGAUGUAGCUUUGUUUGGCAAGUUGACGAAAUGCGUAUCUGGAAAAGACGGCCAAGCCCAGACCUAGUGAAAGUUAAUUGCAGAGUAAAUGUGCAAGCCCACGCCUAUCCAGACUUGGUACACUUGUGGAAGUUCAAUCAGGCUAAGGGAAGAGUCAUUCGUGAUUUGAGAGGAAAGAGCGACUUGCUCACGGUGAAAUUUCACAAGCCUCACUGGUCGUUUUCCGAUGCUGAUGCCCGUAGUAGAAAGCCUAUUAGCAAGGAAAUUGUUUUCAUUAACACAAAACUAAGACAAGAUGCAGAAUCUUUCUGCUAUAGUCUUAUUCUCAACGGCUCACUGUACGCCAGAUGCAAGGCUCUUUCUCUUCAGGUUGCUCAAUUUUAUUACAAAGCUUGCCUCCGUGACAUUUUGCUGUCGCGUAAUUUACACUCUGCUGUUCACGCAGUUGCUACAUUUGCCGACUUCUGCCAGAACUCACUGGAACUGAUCGAAUGGCCAGCCAGAGAAUUGUGUCACCGCUCUCUGCUUCAAAGAACCCACGCUGGAUUGGUUCGCGUUGCACUGCGAUGUUCAAAUAACUGA